UACAUGCUAUUUGCUUAACACGUUGAAUUGAUACAGUAGUGUGUGCACUAUUGUUGUGGUUUAUUAUUAAAUUAGAGCAUGUUCACGAGGUAAUUCGUAAAUAACACGAUAUUGAAACAAUGGAAAAAUACGUGAAGCCGUUGACGGGUCACAAUAUGGAUUCCGAAUUUCUGGGCAUAUUGGUUGCCGUGAUAGUGAUUAUCUUAACUAUAGUACUGUUUGUCAUAUGGCGUCGAAGAAAAUCUAUAGGAAAUAGGAUACUUUUAACCGGUCUCAGCGAUGCUGGUAAAACACUGAUAUUCGCGCGUUUAGCUUGUGCAAAUUCUGUUAAAACUUACACAUCUGCAAAAGAAAAUACAGCCAAUCUUGUAAUUAAUAAUCAUACCCUGAAACUUGUCGAUGUUCCUGGACACGAGCGUUUACGCUAUAAAUACUUUCACCAAUUCAAAUUAUCUGCGAAAGGUGUUAUCUAUGUAAUUGAUUCGGUAACAUUCCAAAAGGAUAUUCGUGAUGUAGCAGAGUACUUGUAUAAUAUACUGUCCGAACCAUCUAUGCAAAAUAAAUGUGUACUAAUAUUAUGCAAUAAACAGGACCAAACUAUGGCAAAAGGUUCCUCUGUCAUAAAAACAUUAUUGGAGAGAGAAAUGAAUUUAUUACGUAUGACAAAAACAAGUCAGUUAGAAGCUACAGAUGCAUCGUCCAAAAAUGUUUUCCUUGGAAGAGAAGGGAAAGAUUUUGAAUUUGCCCAGCUGGAUACACAGAUAGAUUUUGCAGAAUGCUAUGCAUUUAGUAAAGAUCCGGAUAACUCAGCCGACAUUGAACAAUUAAAUGCAUGGCUAAAAAAAAUUACAUAAAAAUUUUGACUUCUUGAAAUAAAUUAUUUGUUUUCAAUUUGAUAAAUAAGAUUGAUUAAUUGUUUUCCUUUAAUAUUUAAACAUGUGUGGCUUUAUGGGGGUAUGCUGAAAUAACUAAUAACAAAACAGUUUGAGUUAUUGAAUUAUCUGUAUGAAAAUAAAAAUUGUAAUUGCUUCUUA